AUGGCUGGCCUCCAACUCAACAUCUACGUCGGCAUCGGUAUAACAUGGAUUGCUGCGAUUAUAUCGAUGGGGAUGCGCGUUGCUGCACGCCGGUUGACCAAGGUGAAUUGGUGGUAUGAUGACUGGUUCUGCAUAGCUGCUUUUCUUUUCGCUACGGGGUACUGCGCUAUCUUGAUCCAUUGGACGAAAUACUGGUACCUUGGCAAGUUGAUGCCUGAUUCUCUCGACGAGCAGACGAGAGAAUCGAUCCUAUACCACGCAAGACUCCUCGGCUUCUUCAACUCCCUCUGUUAUGCCUCGUCACUCGCUACUUCCAAGAUAUCCAUCUUGUCCUUCUACUGGAGACUGUUCAGUCAGUCAGUCAUCAGGAUCCCAAUCAUCGUGAUGCUUGUCAUGUCCGUGAUUUGGAUGAUUCUACGAACUUUCAUGUUGAUCUUCCGCUGCGUCCCGGUGCAGUCGAUUUGGGAUAAGACCAUCACGGAUUCUGUUUGCAACAUCAACAGCGGUCAAUUUUUCCUCGGCACUAUCGUUACACAUUUUAUCAUGGACCUCAUCAUCUUGACCCUUCCCGUCAUUGAAGUAUACAGGCUCCGCCUUCGUCUCGGCCAGAAGUUGGCCAUCAUUGCGCUGUUUGUUCUGGGAACCAUUGUGUGUGUUGCCUCCGCUUUUGUUCUUGUUGAGCUCGUCAACUACAACAACGACACAACACAAAUGCCUUACGACUACGCAAUGUACUGCAUCCUUGGAGCUGUCGAGGUCAACGUUGCAAUUGUGUCUGCUUGCUUCCCCCUACUCCGGCCGGUAUUCCGCUACAUCCUCCCUUUGAGCUUCCUCAGCUCCAUUGGCUACGGCAGCAGUCAGCCAAUCAGCCGGCCGAGCAAUAUUAUCAAAUUGACGACACUUACACGGACGAAGCGAGAAGCAGAGGCCGCAGCCACAAAGUCGAGCUCGACACAUAACCUGGCUGACCCGGAGAGUGGUGAGAUGUCCGGGUUCGAUGGGAUACACGGGCAGCGUGCGGCUGGCAUCCAGACCGUCAUCUCGACUCGGUAUUGUGGCUCAGAGUCGAGCGGCGACGGGGAGCAUGAUAUAGGCGGUAGGCACGGAAUCCACGUCCGAAACGAGACGGUGGUGGAAGUGGAGGAGGUGGUGGAUAUCUUGGGUAAUAAAGCGCCCAGGAAGUGA